CUUCUUCAGUAUCGUGAAAGUGUACUAAAGGGUAACAAGUCAUCGUAAUCAAAAAAUUUCGAUAGUCGUUAAUCAAUAUGGAAUUUCUUGUUUUUGAUCUUAAAACUAAAACACUUACUUAUAAAACAACGCCAAAUGUUCCAAAACCAGUUAAAGAUGAUAUUCUCAUAAAAGUUGCAUAUUCCGGAAUUUGUGGCACUGAUCUUCAUAUUUUAGAAGGUGAUUUUCCAUGUAAAAAAAAUGGACCGUUUACUUUGGGUCAUGAAUUUGUUGGCACUGUUCAAACUAUUGGUCCAGAUGUAAAAACAUUUAAAAUUGGCGAUAGAGUGGCCGUCGAUCCCAAUAAUGGUUGUAAUUUAUGUAAAUGUUGUCAUACUGGCGUUUAUCAACAUUGUAGAGAUGGAGGAAUUCAUAAUACCAUUGGAAUCUUCAAAGAUGGAGGAUGGGCAUCUCAUGCUCUUGUUCCAGAAACUCAAGUCUAUCUAUUGCCAAAUGAUGUGGAAUUGGUCCAUGCAGCACUUAGUGAACCUCUAUCGUGUCUUGCACAUGGAUGGGAUAUUGUAAAUCCAGUAAAAGUUGGAUCAAAUGUUCUUUUAUCUGGUGCAGGAAUUAUUGGACUUUUAUGGGCUUCGAUACUUCAUUUGCAUGGCUUAAGAAAAUCAGUCACUAUGUGUGAACCACAAGAAAAACGAAGGGAAAUUUUCAAAAAAAUGAAUCUCGAUUAUAAUGUAAAAAGUCCAACAGAAUUAUUGGAAUCAGAUAGUUUUGAUGUGGCUAUCGAUUGCAGUGGUUCGGGUCCAGCAAUGGAAUCGGCAUUUAGACAUUUGGCACCAGGAGGACGUUUAUGUGUUUUUGGUGUUGCAAGUCCAAAAACAAAAAUUUCUAUUGAACCCUUCGAGAUUUAUAUGAAAGAAUUAAAAAUAAUGGGCGUCAAUAUUAAUCCCUUUUCAUUCACACAUGGAAUAUAUCUUGUGCAAGCAAUGGGCGAAAAAUAUUUAUCAUACGAGAAACUUGGAAUUAAAACAUUUAAAUUGAGUGAAUAUCGUGAAGCAUUAAAUGCAUUAAAACAAGGUGACAUAAGUAAAGUUGUUUUUAAAUUUUAAUAAAAUAUAUAAAUUUUCAUGUGUUUUUUUAUAUUAUAAUAAUUAUAAAUAAUUUAUAUAAUGUAUAAUAACAAUGAAAUUAUUAUGUAAAUAAAUAUUAAACAAUUUUAA